UGAAAUAUCUUGACAUGCCACCUUGCAAUAUCCGAGGAAUCGGUAAGCAACCAACAACUUUUUGUCAACUUCUCCUUAAAUUUCCCUCCACAUGUUGCGUUAUCCUUAAACUUCCCUCACUUCCACCAUUACCGUUAUAUUUCCCGCCUCCCUACAUUCCCAAAUGAACCAAGCCGCAGCUAGCACACCACCCUCCUUCCGCCGCAGAUGGCCACCGGACUUGGUUUCCCCGCAGCCAAAUCCCUAUUUCUAACUGCUCACUUCGCAAAGCCCUCUUUUAUUCCUACUUCUUCCUCGGCAUCCACUAGAAAGUUGUCGAUUAGACGCAAUUUGGUGCUCAAAGCCACCACUGAUCCACCAGGUGAGGUCGAAAAGGAUGAAGUUGUUGAUAGCAACGUCUUACAGUAUUGCAGCCUGGAUAAGAAACAGAAGAAGACUGUAGGGGAGAUGGAACAGGAAUUUCUUCAAGCACUUCAGGCGUUCUAUUAUGAGGGGAAGUCUAUAAUGUCGAAUGAAGAAUUUGAUAAUCUGAAGGAAGAACUUAUGUGGGAAGGAAGCAGCGUUGUAAUGCUAAGUGCUGACGAGCAGAGGUUUUUGGAAGCUUCAAUGGCUUAUGUAUCUGGGAAGCCACUUUUGUCCGACAAGGAGUUUGAUGAACUGAAACAGAAACUUAAGGAGGAUGGGAGUGAAAUUGUGGUUGAAGGUCCUCGAUGCAGCCUCCGUACUAGGAAGGUCUAUAGCGAUCUUUCUGUCGACUACCUAAAGAUGUUCCUUCUGAAUGUUCCGGCCGCUGUUGUUGCCCUAGGACUGUUCUUCUUUCUCGAUGAUAUAACCGGGUUUGAGAUCACCUAUCUCUUAGAGCUUCCGGAGCCUUUGAGUUUUCUCUUCACAUGGUUUGCAGCUCUGCCCCUCAUAGUAUGGCUAUCGUUCACGCUCACAAAUGCCAUUGUAAAAGAUGUUUUGAUCUUAGUUGGGGUCUGUCCGAACUGUGGCACCGAGAACAAUUCAUUUUUCGGUUCCAUACUGUCGAUUUCUAGUGGGGGUUCCACCAACAACGUCAAAUGCUCCAAUUGCGAGACUGUAUUGGUGUUCGACUCCAAGACACGUUUGAUUACGUUGCCUGAAUGAAGUGAGGCAUGACUUGAUAAGUUGAUGUGCAACCAUUAUCUUUAACUUUUAAUAAAUUUUCCCCUGAUUAUCUAUAACAUUCACGUGAAAAGUAAAGUUAUGAGCUAGAAUGUUUGGUAUGAUUUGUUUAGCAUGCUUUUAAGUUCCCAGGAAAAUGUGAAUCUUUAUAUUUGUAGUUUGAACUAAUCGAAGAAUCAAGAAAUACAAAUUCAACCUCCAAAAUAUUUAUCUGUUUUUAUCUCUCAAACCAGCUUGCAUUGGUCUGCUUAUAUUUGAAGAAAUUGGUGCAAAAAUGUUGUCGUGAGACGGCCGACAUUGCUAAUGUAAAUAUAUUACACAGGCUUCUCUGGUGUUGUAGCCUAAAUUCCACAUUUCUUAAAGUAUGUGUUUGAAAUAUCUAUUGUUAAUUUGCAUACACUGUA